ACAAUGUCACUCUGUUCACUGUUGUAGGAGCAUAAGCACAAUGUUUACAAAAUUGUUUGUUUAUUUUCAAUAGUUAACACAAACAAACCCGGUGUUAUGUUCUUCUAACUAUAAAGGUCAAAACAAUCUUACCACAAAUGGGUAGUGAGGAAUAUUUCAACACCAUCCUACAAAACAUAAACAGGAAAUAUGAAUUUAUAGAUAAUAAAUGGAGGAACAAUAAACAAUAUGAGAUUAAAUUCAGGACCCAGUUGCUCAUAAAAAAUGAAGAUUAUGAAAAACAGUGUGAUCAGUGGGUGGAAGAAUUUUCACAUAAAACCAAAACUGUUUGGGUUCACAAAUUAUCAAAUUUUGGCUCCAAGGUAAGGUACAGAAAACAGUACCAGUGCUGGACCUAUGACACUAAUGAAAUCAAUCAGGAAAUGCUUUUUGACCAUAGGAAAUGUAAGGCGACUCUUGAUAUUAAGGUGUUUGCCCCAGCAGCUUUGCCUGUUAAGACCUCCAAAUUUUUAAGACUUGGCUUAAAUGCUUUAGUAAAGAUACAUUUUCUUCACCUACAUCCAGUGGAUACAACAAAGAACCAAUCAUUUUUUGUCCAUCGGUGUCCUCCUUUGCUAGAAGUCCCAAAGCCCCACCCUCCAUCAAAUGAAAGAGUCACACAGCUUGUAGCCAAAGUGGUUGAAAGUGCCCCUAUCAUCUCUCAAAUGGCAGCAGAGCGAGCUAGAGAAAUUAUGGAAAAACAGUUUAAUGACUCUUCUCCGCAAGAGCGAAUACUGAAUGAUCCAGGAAGUGUUAUAGGUCCUAACUUACCACACAUCAACCCAGAGACCCAAACAGAUGGAAGAGUUAUGUAUAUACAUCUUUUUGACUCAGUUACUCACACUUUAAAGGAGGAAGUUAAACAACUAUAUGUGCCAAUAUAAAGAAAAGUACUUCCAACCGGUACUAAUGGACAAAUACUAGUCCUUCAAGUUUAUAGCCCACAGGCAAAAAAUUUCACUUGUAAGAAAUAAUUUUUAACAAAUUUGAAUUUCAGAUGUUGUGGAAAAGAGCUGGUCA